UGCAGACGCAUUUCAUUCAUUCACAAACUCAACGUUGUUUAUAGCGAUCAGCUUUUCCACAUCAGAUAAAAUGAAAUUCGUUAUUGUGUUUUUCGCUUUAUUCGCUGUUGCCUUCGCAGCUCCACAAAAGGAUGCCGAGACAUUGCGUUAUGACUCGCAGGUUGAACCAUUGAACUACCAAUACAACGUUGAGACCAGUGAUGGUAAAGCUGCCCAGGAGCAGGGUGAGGUUCAAGAUUUGGGCUCUGAAGAUGAGGCUAUCGUUGUCCGCGGUUUCUACUCGUACAUCGGAGAUGAUGGUCAGACCUACAGAGUGGACUACAUUGCCGACAAAAAUGGUUUCCAACCCCAAGGUGCCCAUAUCCCUGUCGCCUAAUUACUGUGAUUACGCUUCUUCUUGUUACUUGUUGACUAGUUUUAGUUAGUAUUAAAUUAAUAAAGAAGAGACGAAUAUAAAUUUAA